AUGAGUCUUAGGGACUAUGCUCUGGCCGUCUUCGAGGCAACCGGGAAUUCCUUUGCCAUUGGAUGCUCCAUGGCAUUUGCUAGUAACAUGCUUAAGAGUGGGGACAGGCAUUUCUACUCGAGACAGCCGCUGAGGAGCGGAGGAGAGCUGGCGAAGCACACCAUGGUCUAUUCACUCCUUUAUUAUGGGUUGAGCGAAGCAAGGGCUGUCAGGUGGAUAAGGCUUCUUGGGCCGUCGUUCGUUGCGUCCUUCAUAUGCGGGAUGAGGAACGGAAGAGGCUUUGGGAUCAGAAGCGGGAUUGACGGGAUGGUGAGCUCGUUUGUCCAAGAAAUCGUUGGGAAAAUAAAGGGAUGCUAG